CGCCACCCAACCCUUUCCCCUCAGAUAUGCCGGGACUGAAGUUCAGCACAUUGUUUAAAUCAUCUUCUUGUCAGAAUGGAAUCCAAGAAUGAACUAAGAAGUGAAAGGACAUGGUCAAAGGAAGCAGGCAGGACUUCACCACGGCAGUCACAGGACAAGUUCAACAAAAUGAUGAAUGAAGUCAGUCGUGAUGCAUUUAAAAGUGUUCGCCAAAAGCCGGGCUUGCAAAUAUGGACCAUCAAUAAAAUGGAAAUGGUUCCUGUUCAGCCGCAAGGCUUUGGCAACUUCUUUGAGGGAGACUGUUACAUUGUUCUAUAUAUAAAUGAGAAAAAAGGCUCCCACCAGUCCGCUGACAUCCACUACUGGGUUGGAAAAACCUCCAGUCAGGAUGAACAAGGUGCUGCUGCCUUGUACGUCACCCAGCUGGAUGAGUACCUGGGUGGGAGUCCAGUCCAGUACAGGGAGGUGCAGGGCUACGAGUCACCGCGGUUCAGGAGCUACUUCAAAAAUGGCCUGAUCUACAAGAAGGGUGGAGUGGCCUCAGGUUUCCAGCAUGUUGACACAAACGUCUACAACGUCCUGCGACUGCUGCACAUCAAAGGGAGCAAGGCUGUCACAGCAACAGAGGUGGAUGUGUCAUGGAGCAGCUUUAACAGAGGGGAUAUUUUCCUUUUGGAUAUCGGAAAAGCUAUAGUGCAGUGGAACGGCCCCCAGAGCAACAGGAGAGAGAAGCUUAAGGCGGUGUUGUUGGCUCAGGACAUCCGGGACAGGGAGAGAGGAGGUCGUGCUCAGAUUGGUGUUGUGGAGGGAGGAGAUGAGAAGAGCUCUCCGGAGCUCAUGAAAGUCAUGACGGCUGCGCUCGGCCCAAAACCGGCACAGCUGAAGGAGGCCACUCCUGAUGAUGUAACCGAUAGUGCGCAGAGAAACAGUGUCAGACUCUACCACGUUUAUGACAAUACUGGGAAUCUAGUAAUUCAAGAAGUGGCCACACAGCCUCUAACACAGGAUCUGCUGAAAUCCUCAGACUGUUACAUUCUGGACAACCAAGGGUCUAGCGUGAUGGUCUGGAAAGGAAAGAAGGCCUCCAAGGAAGAGCGGCAAGGAGCUCUGAACAGGGCGUUGAGCUACAUUAAAGCAAAGAAGUACCCAUCCAGCACCACUGUGGAGGUGAUGGCUGAGGGAGGAGAGUCAGCAAUGUUCAAGCACUUGUUCAAAUCCUGGACAGAUAGAGAGCAAACUCAGGGCCUGGGUACCACCCACACCGUCGGAAAGAUAGCUAAGGUUGACAAAGGAAAGUUCGAUGUGAUGGAGCUCCAUGCGCGCCCUGAGCUGGCAGCACAGCACCGCAUGGUGGAUGAUGCAUCAGGAGAAGUUAAGGUGUGGCGCAUUGAGAAUUUGGAACUGGCUGAAAUAGACCCCAAAUCAUAUGGACAGUUUUAUGGAGGAGACUGCUAUUUGGUGCUGUAUUCAUAUAUAAAAGCAGGCCAGCAUCAGUACAUACUCUACAUGUGGCAGGGACGCCACGCCACAAACGAUGAGAUCACAGCAUGUGCCUUCCAGGCUGUCAAUAUUGAUAACAAGUACAAUGGUGCCCCGGUCCAGGUUAGAGUGGUCAUGGGCAAAGAGCCACGCCAUUUCCUGGCUAUUUUCAAAGGCAAAUUCAUCAUUUUUGAGGGAGGCACAGGUCGACCUGGUGUGGUUAACCCUGCCAUUGGUGCCAGGCUCUUCCAGGUGAAAGGGACAAAUGAGCUGAACACGAAGGCCACAGAGGUGGUGGCCAGGGCCGCUUCUCUCAACACCAAUGACGUAUUCCUGCUGAAGACUGACCACAUAUGCUACCUGUGGUAUGGAAAGGGUUGCAAUGGGGAUGAGAGGAUAAUGGGGAGAGCAAUCUCUGAUGUGCUGUCCAGGAAUGAGAAGCAGGUGGUGAUGGAGGGUCAAGAACCAGCUGAAUUCUGGAUAGCAUUGGGUGGAAAGGCCCCCUAUGCCAGUGACAGGAGAUUCGAGAGGGAGGAGCCGCUUCACAGUCCCCGGCUGUUCGAAUGCUCCAAUCAGACGGGUCGCUUUAAGAUGACUGAGGUGGAUGACUUCGCCCAGUCUGACCUGGAUGAAGAGGAUGUUAUGCUGCUGGACACCUGGGAGGAGCUUUUCUUGUGGAUUGGUAACGAGUCCUACGAGUAUGAGACCAAAGAGGCAUUAAACAGCGCCCGGGAUUACCUGAGAACACACCCAGCUGGACGUGACCCUGACUCACCCAUCGUCUUUGUCAAACAGGGAUAUGAGCCACCCACCUUCACUGGCUGGUUCAACGCAUGGGAUCCUCACAAGUGGAGCGGAGGCAACUCCUAUGAGGAGAUGAAAAAAAAGCUGAGUGAUGCAGCAUCUAUCUCACAGAUCACUCUAGACCUGCAGAACACUAAGUUGAACAAAAUUCCCGUCGGGGGAGGUGGGGGUGGUUACAGGGCACCAGGGGGCCCUGUAACUUCUCCGCCACCCAACAAGGCUGUCUUCCAAGAUGAAACUAAUUUGUUCCCCAGACCCUCCAGCCCCACAAGACCCCAGUCUGCUAUGUCCUCCUCCUCUGGUUCCUCUUCUGGACCUGUUAAUGCUGGGGGGUACCUUGACCCUGAACUCCUCGUCAACAAGUCUCCCAGUGAGCUACCAGAAGGAGUGGACCCCACCCAAAAAGAGGAUUAUCUGUCUGAUAAGGACUUUGAGAACCUGCUUGGUACAAGUCGCACAGACUUCCAUCGUCUGCCAAAGUGGCGUCAGAAUGACUUGAAGAAGAAAGCAGGACUCUUCUGAGAGGGACUCUCCAGACUGUCUACUGCAAAAUCUACUUGUAAACCAAAAAAUAAGGACGUAUUUUAGCUUUUGUCCUACAAGGUAAUAUUUUGUUUAAAAAAAAAAAAAAAAAUCAACUAACAUCCCAAGUUAUUCAAAUUUAAAGAAUGGUAUUUAUAAUUAUGAACAUGAAUAUAACUUUAAAAAAAUAAUUUAAAGGACAUGACUAAUAUUUGUAAGAUUUUUUUUUAAUUGCUCUGCUUUAUAUUUAUCUGUAUUUUUUUUUUUCAUUUUGUGUUGAUCGUACUGUGCUACAGGUUUCUUAGCAGUGCCUUUUGUAAAUCAGUGCAAUGAAUAAACACAGAAAACCACAAGUCGGGGACUCGGGGAGUGGUUUAAUUCAUGAGCUAGUGUGACUGUAAAAAUGUUGUAGAACAAUGGAUGAUACAAAUAAAUGAGGAUACAAAAUAUUAGAACUUGUUUCAAACACAGAGACAUAGGAAGUAAA